AUUUUGAUUUUUAAAACGACAGGAUAUUAUAACCGCCUUUAUUGUAUUAAAAUAUAUAUACAUAUAGUACCUCAUAAAUAAAAAUGCCUACUGGAAAAAUUGAAAAAGUUUGUGGCGAAGAAGCUGCACAUGACGGUGAAAUUACAUGCGUUUUUUUUGAAAGUAAUAACGGUUUACUCUUCUCUGGCGGUGAAGAUGGAAAAAUCAAAAUUUUUGAUAAAGAUCUUAAAUUGAAGAAACUUUUAAAUCAUCAUGAUUCAUAUAUUUGUACGUUGGUUGUUUCACCAAAAGGAAAAUUGUACUCAGUCAGUUAUGAUGGUUGUUUCAAAAUAAUGGAAAAUCCUCAUAAAUCAAAUUAUUCAAAAGAUUUUUUGCAUGCAACAUUCCACGUCAGCUGUAUGUACCUUACUGGUGAACGAUUGGCUGUUGGUGAUGACAGUGGAGUUAUUAAAAUCUUUAAUAAAGAUCAAUUACAAUACCAACUUAGACCAGUUACAAAUGUUUUAUCAUGCGCAAUUGAAAAUGAAAUGGUUUAUGCAGUUAGAGAUGAAAUCGUUGUCACACAAAUUGUACCAGGAAAACCAGUUAAAAUUAAUGAAUUAUGUGUUAAAGAAGGUACUAAACCAUUAUGUUUAGCUGGACCAAAAUUAGCUGACAAAAAUUGUACAUCAUUUUUGAUAUAUUGUACAAAAGAUGGUUUGGGCCUUGUUUGUGUUAAUAAUCAUUCAGAAUUUGAUGAAGUUUGGAAAUUAGAAAAUGUUCAUACUGAUGAAAUUUGUGCUAUGUUCCCAACUGAAAAAUAUCUUUUUACUGGUGCUAAAGAUGGUUUUAUUAAAAUGUGGGGUACUCUUACUACAAAAGCAACUUUAUUGGCUGAAAUUAAUGUCGGUGCUGGUGUCAAUUUCCUUUGCAAUGGACCUGGUAUUAACGUUCUUUAUGCAGGUUGUGCUGAUGGAUAUGUACGAAGAGUGGCAUUUGCGUAAUUUCGUUAAUUUUAACAUUAUAAAAUGGCUAAAUUACUUGCAUAUUUGCGUUAAAAUAAAAAAAGAUCUGAGUAAUAUUAUAUUUUGCAAUUUCAUUAAGUUCAAUUAAUUUUUUUUCUUUCGUUUUUGUUUUAAAUAUAUAAAUUAAUGUAUUCUUAAUCAUAAAAGUUAUAAGAUAUUACGAAAAAAUA